AUGACCGAGUAUGCCCAAGUGCAGUUUGACAACCUACGCUUAAACGCUUCCGCUGACAAGGGAUCCACCGCUCGCUAUGGCGCCAUUGUGGAGACCGUUCGCGGCCUGAUUCCCGAAUCGCGCGUCUGCAAGUUGUUCUGCAAGGGCAGCAAAUGCAAGCACUGCGACUACCAUGCCCACGCCCACAACCCUCUCAACGCCUUUCGAGGCGUCAACUCCACCUGGGUCACCGAGAAUCUUCUGGCCAUGUCGCGCCCGCUGCAGGGGGCCAUUGACGCAUAUCACUUGCCCAAAAAGUUUGCCGAGGCUGGCAUCACCAUGGUUUUGAAUCUACAGGAACCCUUUGAACAUUCACACUGUGGCGCGGGGGUCAACCGCCAUGGCUUCAGCUACAGCUUUGAGUCUUUCCAACAGCAAGGCGUUACCGUCUGCAACUGUGCUUGGGUCGAUUUCGGCUCGCCUCCCAUGGAACGGGCCCUCGAUAUCGUCAAGAUUAUGGCAUCAGUCAUCCAGGAGGGUGGCAAGAUUGCAGUGCACUGCCAUGCUGGCCGAGGCCGCACGGGCUUGAUCAUUGCUGCCUAUCUCAUUUUCCACAACGACUACACCGCUGCCAAAGCAAUUCGCCUUGUUCGCUCUCAGAGACCCAAGACCAUUCAGACCCGCAACCAAGUCAAGUUUCUUGAAGAAUUUGACAUGUAUCUCCAUCCUCGCCGCGCUGUUUAUCACCACGUGCCGGAUGAAACGGAGCAACUCACGCUGCGCGAGGCUUUGGAACGCGAGCGCACUUGGCUCGUGGGGCAAAACGUGGAUAUUUACCGCUAUCGCAGCUUGAUGGUAGACAAGGUUUGCACACUACUUCAGCAACAUGCUUUGGUCAAGCCACAGGAUGUUUGUGACGCUCUCAUGCUCACACCUCGACAUGGAAAUGAGGGCUUGAACGAAGUGUUGGCAGACAUGACAUCAAAGGUCAACAAACACGAGUGGGAUGAAUUGGAGCAAUUUGAUGCUCUUGCUCUCGCCGCCUUGCUGCUCGGCUGGCUGCGCCAACUUCGCGAGCCCGCCAUGACUCCGCUUGAAGUGCAAAGCGUUGUGCGUGGCGAGCCCUUGGACCCAGCCGUACUGGAGCUCCUGGUCUGCUUUAAACCUCUACUCUCGCAGCUUCGUGCCAGUGGUAGCCAAGAAGAGGACUUGCUUGCUGCCACGACCAUGUUGGCGUUUGCAUUGAUUCGGCCGGAUGGCCACCAGGCACCACCUCCAGCUCCUGCCGAAUUGCAGACAGAGGGCUCGGCAUCCCCGCAAGCUGAGGCGAAGCGGACUGAGGGGGAAGAUGCAGUUGGUCAACUCGUGACCUGGCUGCUCGAUGCUCAACCCUGCACCCUUGCCAGCCUACGGCUCGAGCAUAAGCCAGAGCAGAGCCAGCCUCAAGUAUAA